GUCCAUCCAUCAUACCUCUGAAUGGAACGCGCUCUUCCAGUCGGAGAAGAUCCGUGUUUGAAGAAUUUCUUUCUAACGGGCCUCUGUUGCUCGAACCCGGUGGUCGGACGUGUGUUGCUUCCGGUUCAAACACGUACACACACCCAUCAAGCCAUCCAUGAUGAGGCAUCUCCAUGGUAUUCCAGCAACCAGCGCACGUGGUAUGCACGUAGUAGUGGUAUUAGUUAGUAGUGGGUGCGCAAAACCAAUGAACUGUGUGCAGUACCUCGUCCACCUCGUUCUCUUUCUCUCUCCAAUGUCGGGAAUGGCAUACUUGGGAGCCGCGGGUCUACUCACUAGCAUAUCCAGGAUAUGAAAAGUGAGUGACGUUGGUUGAGCAUCACAUUUUUGAGAGCUCCACCGUGGGUAGUUUUCUUUCAUCAUUCAUAAGAUCAGUCAGAACCGUCCAUUCAAGCAGAGGAGACAGACCCCUCGUGAAUUCAGAAGGCAGGGAGACAGAGAGAAAACCAUUCCCGUGGACUCGUGGACUUGUUGCACGCAAAGAAAAUGGGUGCACUUAACGUGAUAUUUCCGAUCAUGAUUGUUGUGGUGGAGACUGCGGCCAGCCCGAUACAAAUUGUCUCGACUACCUCCACUUCGAAGGAUUCGUUGACAGGCCCGGACAAAAUGAUUGCGCUAACUCUUCCGGAUGUUGUGGAUUUAAGGGACAUCCAGUUCAGACUAGAACCAAAAUUUGAGUCUUAUACCACAUCAAAUGCUUCGUCGAAUCCGUUCUUUCAAAUUCUCGUCCAUUCUAAGCCCGGCCAUUUCGAGGCCAGAUCCCUAAUCCGAAAAACUUGGGGCUCAGUGAAAGAGAUUGAAGGCCACAUUGUCAGGGUGGCCUUUCUCAUUGGUUCCCAAAGCUCCGCCGAGGGAAAGUUUUUCUCGGAUCAGAAGCUGAACAGUGCAGAAUCCAUACCCAUUAAGGUCUUCCGAGAUCUUCGUUCCAUUUCAAGUUUGAAGAGGAAAUCAAAUUUGGCGGGGAGACUGACCGAGGAGGCGUACACAUACGGGGAUAUCCUGCAAGGCAGCUUCUUGGACACGCCUCAAAAUGACUCCAUCAAGCACAUGCUCGGCUUGAAAUGGGCUCAAGAGCAAAUUGCCUCGGGCAUCAAGCCUGACUUUAUCCUCAAAACCGAGGACCACGUUUUCAUUGAGAUCUUUCAUCUGGUCAAUUUUGUCCAAGCGGUGUAUUCGUCGAAAAAGGCGCAUGAGCGUUCCCUUAUCUGUGAUGUGAUCCCAAGGGGCACUGGACCUCGAGAAAACAACAUGAUCAGCCUUGUCCCACUGCCAGGCCAUCAAGACCCUGUGGAACUCUAUCCUGACUACUGCAGUGGAUCCGGUUUCCUCCUGUCGCCCGAUUUGGUGUCAGAAAUCUUGGAAACCUCAACCAAGGUUCCGAAGUUCUGGAAUGGCGACAUUUAUGUGACAGGCCUCAUCCGACAAGCCCUCAGGAUCUCUCCCAAAUACCUCAAUCUCCGCUACUCCAACGACGAGCAAUCUUACAUGAAAUGGUUGGAAAGCAAGAGCACGCUACCCUUGCCCUACAUUUUUGUCACUCUGAACGCCUCCAAUCCAGAUGGGAUGGUUGAUGUGUUCAAGCGGCUUUGGACCAAAACCAUCUCCAUCCAAAACCAAUAGCGACCUGAUCUAUCAUCCAUCCUCGUGACCAAUCAUGGACCGGAUUCAUAUUUGCCUUUUUUUAACUUCAUUGUGAUUAAUUUUCAUCUCCAUUUCAUAUAUGUACAAUAUUCAUUUGUGAUUGUGACGUCUUGAUAUGAGGGUUAUUUCCUAUUUGUGUCGAGUGGGAACGUUUUCUUUCUGAUCCAAUAAAUCAAUUUCUACAUUUGCACGUUA